CAACGCGCCCCUCUCUUUCUCGUCUAAAGUGUGCUACAUCAAGUACCGAGAACCCUCCAGUGUUGGUGUGGCGCAACAUCUCACCAAUACUGUUUUUAUAGACAGAGCCCUCAUAGUUGUCCCGUGUGCGGAAGAUGACUAGACUGGCCCAGCUGGUACACUACACUAGCCUGAGUCAGGCAUUGUUUUCCAAGCCACUAUCCCCGAUGGGGCCAACGCAGCCUUCAAGGGGGGAAUGUGACCAGGAGAAUAGCCUGCUGAACCUUCCAAGAUGGACACCUUGUCUCUUUUGUUUUAUUUUUAUUUUUAUUUUUUUCGGUUUGUUUCCUUUCACACUUUCCCAUGUUCUCCACUCUCUGCUGUCUCUUAUGUAGAAACCAACAGUAUCGCCUGUCUACGGCGUUGUCGUGAUAUUUGGUAUUUUGGUUUUUGUUGUUUUUGAUUUCUGUCCAAACACCCUGUCCCUCCUCUCCCUUUCUACCUCUACAGCAACGAGUUGUGUGUGCGAAUUCUGUCCCAUGUUGCAAUGGCGUACCGGCGGAAUACGUUAUCACACGUGGUGCGCCGGAAAGAUGACUAACGCUUUACUCUCUUUGUCUCCUCCUUCUGAUCUUUCUCCUGUUUCGAUCUCAUUUAGGCAGCGCAGCUUUUAAAUCGUAACCAGCUCCUGCAUUAGUACUCGACUAAGUCUAUACAGCGAAGUUUAGAUGCCAUUCCCCGUACCGCCGUCAUACAGUUACAAAAUGAACCCCAUUCAUUUCGUCCAGCAUUUAGUAGUACUUUUAGGAACUUGAUUAGGGUUCUUUCCCCCCCGGGAAGUCAUGGCAUUAAUAUUCUGCAUCAUUAUUUGAAAUGUAUUGCCUAGAAUUUAAGCUAGCCUAGUAAGGAAAUGGUAGACUUGUCGUGACAUAUGUUCUUUCACAUUUGGUGCCUCCCCCUUACUGUGAAGUGACUUGGUUUCCCGUCUACAGUUCGGAGUCUAGUCAUAAUAAUUGGACUAAAUGGCCAACUUGAAGUGUACAUUUUACCGUUGUAACCACCCUCUCUACUCCAGGGAAGCGGCAGACUUGAUCAGGAUUCAGAAGAGAAAGAUUCCGUUAUCCGUUGUUAUUUGGCUAAGUCUUGGUUAACAUUUCCUACAAUUCUUAAAAUUGUUGUUCUUCUCUGUAUCUGAUGUCCUGUGUGCUAUUAGUGAUGCAGCCAAUGGGGUUGUCUUGUGUUGCACACCUUUCCAACACUGAGAAACGAUCGCUCCACGGAAAAGCGCCCAUGCUUGAUAUCGUAUGGUUCAUGACCAAUAUGUUUCCAGUACAGGGAAGAUCCCAGAAGAGGCCAAGGCCUUGUCGCUUUUGGCACCAACCACCCCAGUGCCGAAUCUAAUUCCUGGAGGGGGACUUCUACCGAUUCCUACCCCAGCUCCAAUUCAGAAUCAGCUGAACCUUCCCAUUGUGAACCAGGCAUCCCCUGCCCUGGAUCCCUCUGCAUCACUGUCGGCUCAGCCCCCCCUCAUGGGCAACGUGGAUCCUUCUAAAAUUGAUGAGAUCAGAAGGACAGUCUAUGUCGGCAACUUGAACUCACAGACCACUACAGCAGAGCAGUUGUUAGAGUUCUUCCAGCAGGUGGGAGAUGUGAAGUAUGUGCGGAUGGCUGGGGAUGAGACUCAGCCUACACGGUUUGCUUUCGUCGAGUUUGUUGACCAGCAGUCUGUCUCCAGAGCCUUGACCUUCAAUGGAGUUAUGUUUCGAGACAGACCGUUGAAGAUUAAUCAUUCCAACAAUGCCAUAGUAAAGCCACCAGAGCUGACACCGCAGGCUGCUGCAAAAGAGUUAGAGAGUGUCAUGAAGAGGGUGAGGGAGGCCCAGUGUACUAUUGCUGCUGCUAUAGAACCAGCGGAUGGAGAAAAGCACUCCUCUAGUCGUUCCAGGAGGUCCCACCGGUCACGCUCCCACUCCCACUCCAGAACACAUAGAAAGAGGUCCCACUCAAGACACAGGAGUAGACCCUCCCAGAAGUGGCCAAAGGCAAGUGACUCCCGCAGUUCCCGAAGCAGCCAAAGGAGACACUCUAGAGAAAGGAGACACAGCCGGAGUCACUCGAAGGGCCAUAAGAGGAGGAGCGGAGACGGAUCCAGGAGUCCUCGCAGGAGACCGAGAUCACCCUCGCCAAAAAAGGGGAGGAAAGACAAGCGAAGAGAGCGAAGUAGAGAAAGAAAAGACCGGUCCACAUCAAGAAAGAGGAGCCAUGAAAAUGAGGAUAAAAUGCGUCGCAAGGCUAGGGUGGAAAGGGACUGUGACAGGGAAGAAAAGGAAGACUCUGAAAGUGACCGGGAGGACUCCGCCACACCGAGUGAGGAUAUGACUUCACCAUUCUGUGCGCAACACAAUGGCAGCUACAAAACAUGCACUGAUGAGUCAGUCUCCAUGGAUGCUGACAGCACCAAGUAACUGGGCACCAUGGAAAUAAUAAAUAACAUGAUGAUGUCCAUAGUGAUACAGCAUUUAUACAUAUAUAUUUGUACAUAAAUAAUGAAACACACUCACACUGUAAGGAGCAGCGGUGUACUUUUACCACCAUCCUUUUCUUGUGUUGAACAAGCCUGUGUCGGGGUAGGGGGGGGUCCCUUUUUUGAAACUCAUGAAUGUGCUUUUGUCGACCCUACAGAUUAAAUCCAUUUGUAAUCCCAUCUGAAAUGCAAAUGAGGUUUUGGUACCUAAGGGGAAAUUCCACCUUUACCAUGAACAAUAUUCUAACAUAGCAACUUUUUUAAAAACAAUUUGAAGCCAUUCUUUAAAUCCAGAGGUCACAGAGUUACCGGUCAUUGUUAGGGUUAAGACCAGUGGCGGCUGGCCAGUACAGGGUGCUGAGGCUCCGCCCCCUUCAAAUAUCAAGAGAUGGAAAUCUACUUAAACAUGUUAAAUAUAAUUUAGUUGUGUAAUGCACAUAAAUAUGAAAUAAAAGUGUUUUCAGCCUGUGAGCCCCUGUCAUUAGCAUUAAAUAUUGGUUCCAAAUGGUGUUUGGUUGGUUUCUGUCUGAAUACAUAUACUUCCUGGGUGAGGGGCGGGGCCAAACCACACCUUAUGUAAGCCCUCAAACUUGUGGCGAGCAGGUGACCUGAGGCUGCUGUCUGAUUGGUUUCUUCAGAUUUUCCAGGGGGCGCAGUUCUGUGCCGCCCCAGACACUCCCACUUUUAUUGGCAACAAAUUGGUAUUGUUUUAAUGUUUUUUUUUAAUCUAAUGUGAUUGGACAAUUCUCGCGGCUGUCUAUCAUGUUCACACCCACCACGACACCUCGUCUCGACUGUCAAUCAUCCACCGUCUACGAACCCUGAAAAUCUAUAGGCUACGUUGUCCUUCUUAACAACUCUGUGACUGUGUGGACAUUAAAGCAGCUGUCAGGUGUGCUGCGCCAAGGUAAAUUGCGCCCCCCCACCCCCCCAAAAAAUGUUUAGCACCAGCCGCCACUGGUUAAUACUCCCGUCUGUGCCCCUGAGCAAGGCAGCGGAAAGAAGAACUGGAGUUGGUCCCCGGGUGCUGCAGUUGCCCACUGCUCCAAUACGAUAAGAUGGGUUAGUUUAAGAGAACAAAUUCACUGUAAACUGUACGAUGACAAAAUAAAGUGGCUUUCUUUCUUUCUGUUGGCUGCAUCUAACAAUUUUUUUCCCCGAUUCUCCCCCCCCCCCCAAUUAGUCGAUUAAUCUAACGACUAAUUUAUUGGUUAUUCUAAAGAUUAUUUUGUAACAGAUUUUCCCCAAAAUAUCAAAAACUUGUCUCAUUACUUUGUCAACAUUUCAUCCAUUCAUGAUCUCAGUUUGUUAAACAACCCAGAAAAAAAGAUAAAACGAUGCCCCGAUGGUAAAUUCUUAUGAAAUUGAUUUGAAAAGGGGUUGUUUGUCGACGCCCGCAGGGGAAGGAAGGAAAUGAUCCAGUUAUCAUUAAGAGCCCCCCCCCCUCCAGUAUAAAGCUUUGUUAGCUGUUAUCUUCACGUGACUGUCUACUGUCAUACUAAAUCCUUUGUUUCUCAACAUGUGCACCAUGGUAAUCUUUUGUGUUUUUCUUGACUUUGACAGCCUGCUGAUUUUGUCCUCUGUCAACACUUUGGAUGUAGUGUUUCCCUCAACCCUGGCCUAGUUUUUGAAUAUGGAUGCGAGAGUGUCUUGGCUUGGCUCUCGUGCCUCCUAUGAACCCGUGCAAGCUAUUUGUCCCCUUUUGCCAAAUAAAGAUUACAAU